AUGAAUAUAUCCAGUGUCCUCUUUCCAGAUGUGAUCAUUCCAAACACUCAGAUAAAUCUCACCCCUAAUCAACCAUUUGGCAAUGCAACAAUAUACUUCUCAUCUUAUAAUCAGAAACCAAUAACAAUAUAUUGGGUAAGAGAUUUGUCCAAUGUUACAACGAUUGAAUCAACAUUGUUAAAUGGUACACUGUCGAUCAAAGUGAAUGGAAACUUCCAACCUGAUUAUAAUUAUAACAUUACUGUGACUCAACAGAUAUGUAAUAUAAUCAGUCAGACCAAUGGAUCACUUCAAUGUUCAAUACCAUUAUUCAUCAUCAAUCCAAACAUUCCAAUCAAUUUGAAUGUUAACUCGCCAUACCAAUCAUUCAUCAAACCUAUAUACAUUCAGAACUCCCCAGUUGUAACAGGUACAUCUCACCUCACUACAGAUGGUGGAAGACUUUCACUCACUGGCAUGUUUGGAACAAACAUCACAGAGGUCUCAGUGUUUGUGAAUGGAGUGGACCGAUCAGUGGUGUCUGUUGAUCAAACUCAGUUGGUUACCCAGGUGGAUAGUACUGGCUUGGUCGUUGGCUAUGCCAACCUCACGGUGGUCAUCAACAAGGUGGUGUUCCAAUCAUCAACACUCCUGUUCAUUGAUCAAAUUGAACAUUUAUCAGAUUGUGGAGUAAAGAACAACUUAUGUAAUGGACAUGGCGAUUGUAACAACAAUGGACUAUGCUCAUGCUACACUGGAUUUGGAGGAUACUAUUGUGAGUACACUCUCAGUCCAGAUGUUACAGUGCUCCCAACAGAUACAUCACCAUCAAUCAUCACAACCAAGUCCAAACUUGACUUCAACAUGGUUGAGAUCCAAGAGUUGGGUAUUGAUCAUCAAAUAGUCCGUGUGUUACCAACUACAUCAUGGACCAUAAGCUCUUCAACUGAUGGUACAUUGACAACAUUCAACUAUAUACUUGAUCUGGUGCCCAACCAACCACUACUCGAGGUUAUCGUCACAUUCCAGUUCUCAAGUGAGGCGAGAUCAUUAUUAUUUGGUGGACAAGACCUCAACUUGUUACCCAACACGUUAAAGAUGACCGUGUCAAUCAAUCAAUGGCAAUUCCUCAACAACAUCAACUCAUUGAGACCAGUGUUCACAAACACAAUGACCAACUUGACUGAGCGAGCAGACGCCCCAUGUCAGGACAACAGGGACUCGACCACAACGAUCAAAGACAACCUGACCAAGAGUCUAUCAUACAUUCAAGUUAUAUUUGAGGACAUUGUAUACUUUGGACGAUUCCUCCCCAUCGCACUUGCUAAUGGUCGACCAACAAGUAUCAUCAACGAAGUGAUCAACACCACUGUCUCAUCAGACCCAAGCAACAACAUUGUGACAUACAUUGGUAUCAAUCUUCCACAAUGCAGCCAAUGUACCAUUGAUCCUGACUUCUCAGUGUUGGUAUCGACCAAGUCAGACUGUCCAUCCAAAUCCAACAGCAACAAGAUAAUGAUCAUUGCCAUUGUUGUUCCAGUUGUAGUGAUUGCAGUGCUUGUUGGACUGUUGGUCGCAUUCAAGACACACCUUGUAAUCUUUUACAAGACACACAUCAAGAAGAGCUUAAGCGCACAGGGCUGGCAAUUAAAAUCAAUUUAA